GUUUGCCAGGCAGGUUAGCUAAGCUAGCUCCGGGGUUAGCCAGUCGCUCGGAUCAGCUGUCAUGAGACCCACGCAGCGCUGCAGCUAAACCCCGAUCCGGCCACGGAGACCGCGGGCUGGCAGGAUCCGGACGCAGGAUGUCCCGGAGCAUCGACGGCCGGGACAAGGAGGCGCGGAGGCCGCUUCUCGGCCGGGACCGCCUGGAUCCGACCGAGCUGGACUCGGAUGACGGUGAGGUCAUCUUCGACAGGAGGCCGUCCGGCGUCAGUGAGGAGGCCGGAGGGAGCGCCGGGAGGAAGCUCACGUACGAGGAGGCGGUGGAAGAAGCAGGCUUUGGUUUGUUCCACUGGCUCCUGCUGGUGGCGUGCGGCUGGGCCAACGCCAGCGACGCCGUGGAGAUCCUCUGCGUGUCCUUCCUGCUGCCCACGGCGCGCUGCGACCUGCUGCUGAGCUCCUCGGACAUGGGCCUGCUCACCGCCAGCAUCUUCCUCGGAAUGAUGGUUGGCGGCUACAUGUGGGGAUACCUCGCUGACCAGAGGGGGCGCCGUAAGGUGCUGGUGGUGUCGCUGAGCGUAAAUGGGCUGUUUGGAGGCCUGGCCAGCCUGGCCCCCUGGUUCUGGCUCUUCCUGCUGCUGCGGUUCGUCAGCGGCAUCGGGGUCGGCGGGUCCAUCCCUGUCAUCUUCUCCUACUUCUCAGAGUUCAUGCCCCGGCUGAGGAGAGGGGCAAUGAUCAGCGCUCUGGCCACCUUCUGGAUGGCGGGGAACAUCUUGGCAGCAGGUCUGGCCUGGUUAGUGAUUCCAAGAACCUGGGCCCAUUUCUCUCUGGGAACCUUAGACUUCCAGAGCUGGAGGCUGUUUGUGGUGCUGUGUUCAGUCCCCAGCAUCUCCUCAGCCGUCCUCUUCAAGCUCCUCAUGCCCGAGAGCCCCAAGUUCCUCAUGGAGGCGGGUCGGGAGGGUGAGGCGAUCCGUGUUUUCAGGCUGAUGUUUGAGCUGAACACGAGGGGAACGGACAAAGCUUUUCCGGAAUUUGCUUUGCACACAAACUCCAAGCAAAGAGGGGAAAUCCAAGAGAUGGGAUCCCAGGAUGCAAAGGGAAAACGUCUUGUAACGCUCUUAAAAGAGGGGCUGCUUCCCAUUAAACAGAUGUUCAGUGGUCCGACCAAAGCCAGGAGCGUCGUCCUGGUCAUCAUCUUCUACUGCAUCUCAUUUGGCUACUACGGCCUGUGGAUGUGGUUCCCCGAGCUUUUCGCCCGCAUCGAAAGCAGCGGCGGCUCGCCCUGCGCCAACGUGUCCCUGCCGUCUGCCCUCAGCAACCAGAGCUGUUAUCCAGUCAAGACAGCAGUGUACAUGGAGGGCUUCGUCAUCGCUGCGUCCAACCUGCCAGGCAACAUCUUCACCAUCCUCAUUAUGGACAGCACCGGGGGGAAGAUUCUGCUCUCCUGCAGCCUGGUCGUGUCCAGUCUGAGCGUCUUCCUCAUCUACGUGGUUCAGACCAAAGCCCAGAGUCUGGCUCUGUCCUGCAUCUUCAGCGGCGUCUCUGUGAUCGCCUGGAACGCCCUGGACGUGGUGGGGACUGAGCUCUACCCGACCCAGCUACGGUCCUCGGCCCUGGGCUUCUUCACCGGAGUGGGCCGAGUGGCAGCCAUCAUGGGUAACGUGGUCUUUGGGAAGCUGGUGGACUCCAACUGCACCGUGCCCAUCCUGAUGGUGUCGGCUCUGCUGCUGACAGGAGGACUGGUGGCUCUCCUGCUCCCACAGACCAGGCAGACGGAGCUCACCUGAUUGUUCGCGUCUGUUUUAGG